AUGGGUGACGUCGCUGUCGAAAACCCAGCAAACCAAGUGGCACCUUACAAAAAGGCCGCGCACUCAGCCAUUCCUACCAUUGACAACUUCGAGGGUGUUUCGACUGAUGGAGGAGAUGAUUACGCGAACUUGAAGAAGCUCCAGAGGCAACUAGAGUACAUUCAACUGCAAGAAGAGUAUAUCAAGGAUGAACAAAGGAGUCUGAAGCGAGAGCUGGUUCGAGCUCAAGAAGAGAUCAAGCGAAUUCAAAGCGUUCCAUUAGUGAUUGGCCAGUUUAUGGAGGCGAUUGACCAAAAUACUGGCAUUGUUCAAUCUAGCACUGGAUCCAACUAUGUGGUUAGAAUCCUUUCAACCCUCGACCGCGAGAAGCUCAAGGCUUCUUCCUCGGUUGCUCUCCACCGACACUCCAACGCCCUCGUCGAUAUUCUUCCUCCCGAGGCCGAUUCCUCCAUUGCCAUGCUUGGCGCCGACGAGAAGCCCGAUGUAACAUACGCCGACGUUGGUGGUCUAGAUAUGCAGAAGCAGGAGAUUCGUGAAGCUGUUGAAUUGCCCUUGACACACUUCGAUCUUUACAAGCAGAUCGGUAUUGACCCUCCUCGAGGUGUUCUCUUGUACGGUCCUCCCGGCACCGGCAAGACUAUGUUGGUCAAGGCUGUUGCCAACUCGACUACUGCCAACUUUAUCCGAGUCGUUGGUUCUGAAUUCGUCCAGAAAUAUCUGGGUGAAGGCCCCAGGAUGGUCCGAGACGUCUUCCGUAUGGCGCGUGAGAACUCUCCCGCCAUUAUCUUCAUCGAUGAGAUUGAUGCUAUUGCAACAAAGCGAUUCGAUGCUCAAACCGGCGCAGACAGAGAAGUCCAGCGUAUUCUGCUGGAGCUUCUCAACCAGAUGGAUGGGUUCGAUCAGACUGCCAACGUCAAGGUCAUCAUGGCGACCAACCGAGCCGACACCCUCGAUCCUGCUCUUUUGCGCCCUGGACGUCUCGACCGAAAGAUUGAAUUUCCCUCGCUACGGGACCGUCGUGAACGACGCCUUAUCUUCUCGACCAUUGCCGGCAAGAUGAGUCUGGCUCCCGAAGUUGACCUUGACUCUUUGAUUGUCCGAAACGACCCCCUAUCCGGUGCUGUCAUCGCUGCCAUCAUGCAGGAGGCAGGUCUCCGUGCAGUCCGCAAGAACCGUUACAACAUCAUCCAGAGCGAUCUCGAGGACGCCUAUUCGAGCCAGGUCAAGGGUACGGGCGAAGAGAAUAAGUUCGAUUUCUACAAAUAG